AUGCGGAUCGAGCCAUUGGCCGCCUCCUCCCACCUCCACACCACAUCCUCCGGCCUGCCCGUCGUCUACGACGCUGAGGCGCUCGAGACGUACUUCUCCACGCCCGACGGCGCAGAGGCGCUCACCGGCCGGCUCGGGAAGCUGGCACGAGUCACGUCGGGCCUCGGCGUCCGCGUCGGAACCACCUUCCUCGCGCUGCUCGCUGGGCUGGCGCCGCCGUCCGUCGGUCCGACGGCGCUGGAGGACGCGCUCGCGGCGUCGCCGGUGCGCGAGGCCUUCGAGGAGCUCGGCCCGACGUUUGUCAAGUUCGGCCAGGCACUCGGCUCCCGUCCCGACCUGGCUGGUGAGCGGCUCGCACUGCAGCUGCGCGCGCUGCAGGCCGAGAUGGCUCCGUUUGCCACCGCCGACGCGAGGGCCGUGAUCCAAGCCGAGUUCGGAGAGGUUGCGGCCGCGCCGCUGCUGCGCGCGCUGCCCGCCACGCCGGCCGCCGCCGCCUCCAUCGGCCAGGUGUACAAGGUGCAGCUGCCGCGGGGCCGCCGCUCCCUGCGGCGCGGGCUGCGGCGGCCGCCGCCGCAGACGCUCGCCGUCAAGGUGCUCCGGCCGGACGCGCGCGCGGCAGUCGCCGCCGACGCCGUGCUCGCCCGGCGGGCUGCGGGCGCGCUCGAGUCGCUGCGCGUGCCUGGCGGGCGGCGGCUGGUGCGUCCGGCGCUGGUGGCUGCGGUCGACGAGUUCUUUUGUCGACUAUUCGAGGAGAUGGACUACGAGCGCGAGGCGGAAAACAUCGCCGAGUUCAACGCGGUCUACGGGCGCCGGACCGAAGCGCGGCGGCAGCUGGGCCGCGGCGGCGAGAUCGUGCUGCCCGUCGCGUACUCGCCGUGGUGCGGCGAGCGGGUGAUCGCCAUGUCUUGGGUGGACGGGUCUCCGCUGGUGCCUCCGGACAGGAGGGCGGGCGGCGGUGCAGACGACCUGCCCGCCGCCCUCGCCGCGCGGCUCGCCGGCCGCGUUGCUCUCUCUCCGGCCCGGGCGGAGGAGGUGGCGCCGCCGCCGUCGCCGCUCGACGCGCUGCCGUGGGUGCGGCCACGGCCGGCUCUCGGCUACAUCGACUUCGGCCUCGUCUCGCACGUGCCUGUGCAGGUGCGCGAGGGCCUCGUCUGCGCGGUCGCGCAGCUGCUCUUCGCACGCGACACGGCGAAGGUCGCUUCCCUCUUCGGCGAGCUGAUGCUGCUGCCGCCCGCCAAGCUCGACGAGCCGGCCACGCGCGCCGCCCUCGAGGCCGCCCUCGCCCGCGCCGCGAGCAAGUUGCUCGACUACCCGCCCGGCGCAGCGCUGCCCGAGAUCCGCUUCGAUGCCCUGGUGGGCGAGGUUGCCGCGAUCGCGCCUGCCUUCGAGUUCGAGCUGCCGCCCUACUUCCUCAACAACGCGCGCGCGCUGGCGAGCCUCGAGGGCCUCGCGCGCGCGGCGGACCCGACCUUCUCCAUCGUCGAGUCCAUCUACCCUUUCGCCCUCACCACUAUCCUCGCCGGAGACGCAUCGCCGCUCAUGCGCCGCACGCUCGACGACUUGGCGACCGACCCCGCGACGGGCCGCGUCUCCGUCCGAAAGCUACGCAGCCUCGUCGACCAGCUCGCGGCGCUCUCGCGCAAGCCACGCCUCGCCGUCACGCUCGACGUGGUGCGCACGCGCGGCGGCCGCCGGGUCAUCCGCCGGCUAGCGAGGCAGGCGCUGCGGGGCCGCGGCAGCGCGAAAACAUAG